AUGGGUACGGGGAUGAAAGAUCAACUUAUUACUGAGGAUUACAACGAACUUUCAGAGCAAAGAUGGACACAAACGCAAGGUACAGCAUGGUUAGCGCUGAAACGAUGCAGACUGAUGAGCUUAAUACCAGGACUGGUAGCUAUCAUUAUCAUUGGGAUAAUUGUAUUUCUUACCAAAAAAAUAAAAGAAGAUUUUAUCAGGGAUGCAUUCAAGUCCGUUCCAACAGACACCCACGAGCUAAGAUUGCUUUUGGAUGAAGCCAACAGGGAAAAUAGUCGCAGAAUUUCUACGGUGGAAGAAACUUGCAAGCAUUACCAUUUGGGUCGGUAUCAGGACCGAAAAAUCAACACUUUCUAUAAACAUCCACCAGCUCCACAGUAUACAGUCUUCUACAUAGACAAGGUACACAACUUAUCCUACUGUCCAGUGUAUAAAGCUGGAAGUACCACAUGGUUUUACAAUUUAUGUUUGCUGAAUGGAAUCCCAGAAGAAUCACUGUCUAACAGCAAUGGACAGAUCUCAAAGAUUGCACGAAGCGUCCUACCGGAAAUGGAAUUACCAGAGACCGUAGAGGCUCUGGAAAAAAGUACCAAACUGCUGGUGGUUCGACAUCCUUUUGAACGUUUGCUCAGCGCAUAUCGUGAUAAACUGGAAAAUUCGGUGGCAGGCAGGGAACAUGGGACUCUUCACUUCUAUCGAAAAUAUGGAUCCAAGAUUGUCGCAAAAUUUCGAGAUAAGAAUGUUCCUCCUCCAAGGUCAGAUCAGGUAAUCAGACCGAAGGAAAUUCCACCUCCCGCAGGAAUAGAACCAACAUGGAGGGAGUUUGUCCAAUAUUUAAUCCACACGGAUUUGGCGAGUUAUGGAGAUGAUCACUGGAUGCCUUAUUAUCUAUUCUGUACCCCGUGCUUGGUCAGGUUUAACAUCAUCGCAAAGGUCGAGACCUUGUGGAGGGACCAGAUAUUCGCAAUGUACGAACUUGGAGUGGAGGACCAAUUGACGCCCAAAUGGAAACACAGCAAUGCCGGUAGUUCCGAUGCCGCUAAAAUUUACUUUACCCAACUAACUUCUGAUUUGGUGAUGCAGCUUUAUGAAAAAUUCAAACUGGAUUUCAAACUCUUCGACUACUCACCCGAGGAUUAUUACGAAUACGCUACACUCAAUGCAUCCUGACCUGGCUUUUUGCAAAAUCAAGA